AUGAUUACAAAAAAAUUGAGUGUUCACACUGCAAAAAUGGUAUGCAAUCCGUCCUUUAGUAGUAUGGUUGCUAAUAUAUAUGCAAAACAUGGAAUGAAGCCUCUUAACUAUGCAAUAAAAAGAAAUAUAUGUUUCAGCAAACCCCAUUUAACUCAUUAUCUAGAGGAUUAUUACACUUGCUCAGAAAUUGCAACAAACAUGGUUUCCCCUAUGUCUGAAUAUGUUUGGUGGAGCUGGCUUUUUUUACAAGGGGCUAUUGUUUUUGGUACUUUGCUUCAUUCAAAUUAUUAUUUUACUGGUAAACCGUUACCAAAAGUUCAAGGGAAUUCACAAUUGUGUGAAGAUUCAUGGUGA